GUUAAAUGUGGAACCGACGGGGAUCCGUAGUGACGUCAUCAUAUGGAAAUUGUCAGAGUGGCAAGAUGGCGACGGAACCUAACAAGACAGAAAUCCUGACCGUCUUCAAACGACUGAGAUCCGUUCCGACCAACAAGGUUUGUUUUGAUUGUGCAGCUAAAAACCCCAGCUGGGCAAGUAUUUCAUAUGGUGUGUUCUUAUGCAUUGACUGCUCCGGCAUCCACCGCUCCCUGGGUGUGCAUCUCAGCUUCAUCAGGUCCACUGAGUUAGACUCCAACUGGAACUGGUUUCAGCUUAGAUGUAUGCAGGUUGGAGGCAAUGCCAAUGCGACGGCAUUCUUCCGCCAGCACGGCUGCUCCACUAACGACACCAACGCCAAGUAUAACAGUCGUGCAGCCCAGUUGUACAGGGAGAAGAUUCGCCAGCAAGCAAAUGCUGCAUUGUCCAAAUAUGGCACAGAUCUCUGGAUCGAAUCGCCAGCAGGAAGCACUCCUGCAGCUCCUCAGAAGAAAGAGGCAGACUUUUUUGCAGAACAUACACAGCCCGCUGGUGACUGGAGCAUGGCGCCGUUCUCCGAGCCAGAGCUGAAUGGAGCCGCUAUCACCUCACAGCUGACGGACACAACGCCUAAAGGCCAGGAUGACAACCAGCCAGAGGACGGACCCAGCAUCGACGGUCUGAGCGAGUCACCCAGAGCCUCCAUGGAGGACUCCAUGCGUUUGUCAUCACAUGAAGGACGGACACCUAAAGAUGUAAAGACUUCCCUCAUUGGAAAGAAGAAGCCCAUGACUGCCAAAAAAGGGCUCGGUGCAAAGAAAGGCCUCGGCGCCCAGAAGCUGAGCAGUAAGAGUUUCGCGGAUGUGGAGAAGCAGGCGCAAGUGGCCGAGAAGAUGAGAGAGGAGCAGGCUGCAGAGGCCAAGAAACAAGCCGAGGAGUCCAUCGUGGCAUCAAUGCGUCUGGCUUACAAAGAGCUGGAGAUCGACAGGAAGAUGGAGGAAAAGAAGAUUCAGACCCUGGAGGGCAAGAAGAGAGAGCAGGCCGAGAGACUGGGCAUGGGCUUCGGCAACAGGAGUGCUGUGUCUCAUUCGGUGAUGUCGGAGAUGCAGGUGAUCGAGCAGGAGACACCUGUAGGAGCCAAGUCCUCCUCUCGCUCCAAACUGGACAUGUUUGAUGAGCCGGGUUUCACCUCUGGACCCCCAAAAUAUAAAGACAACCCGUUUACAGUGGGAGACAGUUUUGGAUCCCGGUGGGACACCGAGGGAGGGACUGCCUCCUUCACCACCUCCUGGGCUCUGGAGAAAGAGGACCCCAAAGAGGAGGUCACCAUCUCUAGUAUUCAGCCAAUCGGAGAGAGACUUCCCAGCAGAAGAAAAGCCGACGUAUCGGCUCCGGUGUCCGAGUCGAGCGAGGCCCGACAGAAGUUUGCAAACGCAAAGGCGAUCUCAUCGGACAUGUUCUUCGGUCGGGAGAGCAGUGCAGAGUAUGAUGCGAAGACCAGACUGGAGACCAUGUCUGGAAGCACCUCCAUCAGUUCGGCUGACCUGUUUGGGGAGGGCAGUGACCUUAAAGGCAGAGGACCAGGCUUCGACAGCGUGCUCCCCUCCGGCCCGGACAUCGCACAAUUCAAACAGGGAGUGAAGACCGUAGCGGGCAAAAUGGCUGUCCUGGCCAACGGUGUCAUGAACACGAUCCAGGAUCGCUACGGCUCCUACUGAUCGGCCCUGAGAGAGCAGCACCAACCUGUGGGAAGAAAUACUGACGCCUGUGAAGAGCCAACCAGCCUCCUGACUGAUGCGUGCAUUUUGGCGGAGUAGAUGGACGAGAGAGAGAGAGAGAGAGACGGGAUCAGAGAGGAUUGCAUGGGGAAAAUAAAUCGUCCUUCUCUCCCGUCCUCUUCUAGAGACAAUUCUACAGGAGUGAGACAGUAUUUUCUUCUCAUUCUCAUUAGCAGACUCUUGUUUUAUUUUCAUAAAGGAAACCAUCGAGCGGUGUAGUUUUUUCUAAACCAAGAGUUAUGUUUCAAUUGUUUUGGUCUUAGUUUUCAAAAUGACGUCAGAGUUAAUUCUACUAUAUUUUAUUCCUUAUACAUAAAUCAAAGUGUUGUUUUUGAAUAAUUUUAUCAAAUACGUCUUUUUUUUUUUUAUUGUGAUAUAAACAGUGCAGUAUAUCAAAUGUUAAUUUGAACAAGAAUCCACAAUGUUUGCAUUCAGUGUUCGAUUCACUGCUGUUCACUUACAGUAGAGUUUGUCCACAGGUUUUGUUUGUUUUGUUUUUUACACAAAGCACUGACAGCAACUGUCUUGACAAUUUCAGAUGUCUGUGAGCUUGGAAUUAUGCAUUUCUGUCUGGAUGAAAGUAUAUAUUGUAAAAACAGCAGCUGCUAGCUGCUAUGGUUAUUUAUUAUCUAUCUUUUUAAAACUAGAUAAACCCAGUCAGUCGCUCAUGACCGCAGAGACCAGUACCUUGUGUGUUCCAUCAAACAGAAGACACAGUGCGGGAGGAUUGGAGAUUUUAAAUUAUUAAAGGGGGGUUAAACCCAAUGGUAGUUUUAGACACAUCAAAUGAGCAGGAAGUGUCAUUUAAAGGUUCUCAAACGUUUUGAGGAAACAUUUCAACCUAAAUACUUAAAGACCUGUUUCAUAGUGAUAAACAGAAACACAUUUCAAUUUGAAUCAUGUUAAUGUAAGAUGAGAUAAUCCUUUAUUAGUGCCACAGCAGGGAAAUUUGCAAUGUGAUUGAAUGUUAAAACCACUUAUAUACCUUUUAAACAGAAAAGGAUUUUAUGCAAAAUGCAUUUGAACUCAAGUUGACAGCGUUUAUAGCCGACACUUCAAGUCUUAAAAAGGUUCAGAAAAUGAACAGUAGCGAGACGGGCAUAGUCGUAAUAAAUCCAGACAUUUAAACGUACCAGUCUGAAGCGGAAUUUCAGAUCGUGCUUCAACUUUAAAAUGAAAUGAUACAACACAAUUUUGAAUUCAUAGCUAAUUAUUUCGCAGACCUCCACUUUGAGAAUCUCUGAUUUAAAGUAUGUAGAUGCGUCCGUUUAGAUAACAGACGUCAGAUAGAACAUCUGAAGUUCCAGCUCAUAAAACGAUCAUACUGUUUCGACUAUGCAUUUUCACUUUCUUGUUGGUUGAAUCUCAGAUCUGCCUCCAUGUACCUCAACUCUGAAACAUUUAGACGUCGUUGCUGCCUUUUUCCUCCUCUCAGCAGGCAAACGUUUUAUUUUGGGAGGCUGACAGUCUUCAGUUUACAUUUUUAUCUGUUUAGUUCCAGACAUAUUUGGCCAAUUAAAACUAUUCCUGACAUUCCCGGUGUAAAUGAUCGUGCCCUUUCGAUAGAAGGAGCCCUUUAAAUAUUUCUGUAAUGCUGUUCAGCUGCAAACUUUCCCGGGCCGGUUAGCAUGCAAGUCUACUUUGAUCCUCUGUGAUAAAAUCAAACCGACAUCUUUAGCGAGACAGCUCACCUCAUGUAUCACACCCUUUCUUUACCGGAUUGUGAUGCAGCUCAUCUCCAACCCUCCAGUACCUUUAUGUUCCCGUCUGUCUGAGUAGAUGAGAGGUCUGGAAACCUGUCUGUAAUGAGUGUCAUAUGAUUUUUUUUUUCCCCUAGCGUGGCCAUGCCCGUGUAUGUUCCACCCGUGAUAAACUCUCCACAAAAAGUAACAAACAUGUGAACAGAAAGGAUGAAACAUUCAACUAUUUAUUUGUAGGCUACAAAAAGAAACUUAUUCAGUAUGUUAAUAAAGGUUUAAAACCUC